UUGCUCUUUAUAAGGAUUUUUUUUUGGUAUUUUAUACAGGUUGGCGCUCCGAAAAGUUGACAGGUAUGCGUUUAAGGUAUCGCAGGUAGAGGAAGUCAAUCCCGGUUUAAAAAAAAAAAAAGUGAAAGCGGAAGUAUUCCAAACGGUGCGCCCUAUAAAUCAAAAGCAAAGCUCGGGGGCGCUCUCUGCAAACUGAGCACCUUGCACAGUCUGAACAAGGAGUGCUGGUGACUUCGAUCGGUCUCGAUUUUGGAAUUAACGCCCAAAGUAGAGCUACGAGGAGCUUGGCAAUGGUGCAGCUUCCUCCUUCCCCCAAGGUGGGUGUCACACUUGCUGGCAAACAGUCGGAAGAGAAGAAGGAAAAAAUUGAACGCAAGUUAAUUGUUUUGAGUCCGAAUGGAGACUCACCUGCCAGCCUGGGGGCCCCGCCGAGCUUCGACUUCCCCACCGCCUAUCACGGGUAUGAAACCUACAUAGAAGAUGGACUUAUCUGCCUCAAACAUAAGGUUCGCAACUUGGAGAAAAAGAAGCUGAAACUGGAACACUAUAAGAGAUGCCUGACCUUUGGUGAGACUCUAAAUAAAGACCAAAUGGCUGCGACUGAUAAAUACGAGCAGGUGGUGCAUAACCUGGAGUUUGCCAAGGAGCUCCACAAAAUCCUGGACAGCUUAACUCAAAACUUGCUGAAGUCACAGAAGAAGGCGGUCAAGAGGGAGCAGCUGGUAAGGAUGGAGGAGGAGAGGCGGCGGCUGAGCAUGGUGCUCCAAGUCCAACAUCUCCUCGCCAGCCUACAGGAGGCCCACGUCAAGAAAGACCUGCAAAGCGGACACAACCAGGCGCCCUACUUACCGGCAAAGCAUCUCAACAGCUUGAGCCAGCUGGCGGAUUUGCUCGGGGCGAGGCAGGAUGACAGACUGAGUUUAGAGCAGUGGAUGGAGCAAGUGGCCGUGAUGUACAUGGACCUUCUGGAGGGAGAGGAAAAGCCAGUGGCCGGAUCGACGUUUAAAUUGCUGAAAGAUGAGCUCACCAAAUUAUUGAAGAGCAAGUACUUCUCUUGUCUUCCGUCCAAAACGACUCUAGCCAAAUCAAAGCUGACGCACCCUGAAGAUUCUCCAGAGAAAUCGAAGGAAGACUCGAUGCUUAGGAGACAGGUUGACCCUCCCGACUGCUGGGAUUUUGAGGUCUCGGAUGAGGGCAUCUCAUUGCAGGCCGCGGUGGGCAAAGCGUGGAAAGGCACGGAGGCCACUUUCAUCCCUAAAGCACCUGUUGCCAGCAAGUGCAAGUCAGCUGGGAGUAAAGAGGAAAAGGAGAAGAAAGCGAACAGGGAGCGAAAUGCCAAGACCGACGAUCACAAGGGUUUACCUGAAGUGAAAUUCGGCUCUCCAACUUUCCCCAAAGACCCGAUCAUGAGGAAAAAACACUUGGAGGACUUGAUAACCAAGAUCCAUGGCUCUUUCAGUUUUAUCCAGGAUUCUCUACUAGAUUGCGAGUCCCCUUCAGAAAAUGGAAACUCCAAAUUUAAAAAGGAGCCGUCGGAGUUGGCGUCUCCUCUGGCUUUAAAAACCUCAAGUGAUCCGCUGCCAAAAGAAAUGCAUUCCACCCCACUGCCUGCUCGGCUUCUGGACCACAAAACCAGACUGACAAAUGGGGAUCAGGGCCUAAAAAGUUAUGAACUGGAGGUAUCCUCAAAUGAGAAUCUGCAUUUGUCCGAACAGAAGAAAUUUUCUUCGCCAUUGUUCUCCAGGCCAGAGUCUGCAAUCUCUACGCUGGUUGCCGAAUCGGGAACAAUUUCUCCCUGUAACAGGACGGCGCCGAGCAUCUCCGUCCCCGCUCCCAAGCACACAUUUUCCACACCCCCCGCGAGGCAAACUGUCACCUCUGUGCAAUUUCAUGAUAUGCCUUCAGUCUUCAACGGGGAUGCGAACGUAGAGCCAAAGUACACCAACUGCAGCACCCAAACGCCACCUGAGUUUGCACCCUCAGAAGACGACUCGCAAACGAUGGGGGGCACAUGCAUUUUCCAGACUCAUCUCAAGAACUAUGGCCCUCUCUUAAGUGCUCCAAGAGGCUCUGGAUCCCAACAUGUCUGUGGAUGUGGAGUACAGCAUCAUUACAGUGCAGCCUGGCGUGAGAGCUCACAUGUGAGCAGCCCAGACCGUGAAGUAUUCACAACGAUGGAUUCAGGACAUGGCGAUUCCCUUCCUGUCCCCAUCGUAGAUGUCCCGCACAGUCCUCAAGGCCACCAUCACACUUCCCUACUUCCCAUGCAACUUUACCCUUUCUCCCAGCCGCUGAAAGUCGCGUUCACGGCAUCUCGCACCGUCAACUUUGCUCCAGGCAACCUAGACCAGCCCAUUGUUUUUGAUCAGCUGCACAGCAACCUCGGAGAGAUGUUUGAUACCCACAUUGGCCGCUUUACCUGUCCUGUCAAUGGAACGUACGUUUUCAUGUUCCACAUCCUUAAGCUGGCAAUUAAUGUGCCACUUUACAUCAAUCUCAUGUGCAAUGAAGAAGUCAUGGUGUCGGCGUACGCCAAUGAUGGCGCACCGGAUCAUGAGACGGCGAGCAACCACGCCAUCUUACCUCUCUUCCAGGGUGAUCAGGUUUGGCUCCGAUUGCAUCGCGGUGCCAUUUAUGGAAGCACCUGGAAGUAUAGUACAUUUUCUGGCUUUUUGCUUUACCAGGACUGAGCUCUGUAUAGUCGCUUGGUUUAUACCAAACUGUUGACAUCAUCAUUAGGUCAGCCAUCAUUCCAAAGUACCUUCUUCGCGAAAAAGCCUACUGAUUAUGCAUGACCGCGUCUCUUCAAGAUGGCAAAUAGGAUUUCUAGUGGACAAUCAAACUUGCUGUGGGCUCGUAAACUAUAAAAGGAAACUGUUUUGGUGGUGGGUGUGGUGUUGAACACAAAUGGCCAGUAUAUUGAAGUGAAAUCCAAACUGAGGAGGUCAAUUUGGUCUCUUGAAAUGGCUUAAUAAAAGAUGAGCAGUGA